AUGCAGAAGCCCACUCAAGAGUAUCCCGGCGUCAACUACGCCCUCACCGACAAUGUUGGGGUUUUUGACAUAGACGCCCAUUACCCAAUCGGGUUCCCCAAUUAUCCACUCGGCGAAUCAAAUGUCAUACCUGUGAAGGAAGUUGCCAUGAUGAUUCUCAUGGAUACACUGACAGACAAGGCAGAUUGGCAGAGAAAGGUUUUUAAUGAAUCCAUAGUUCAGAAAUGGCGCCAAGAAGCCAUGGAACAAUCCGAAACUGGUCUUUGGGCGCGGGUAAUGCAGGACAAGUUGGAGGGUGUACAUCCAAAGCCUCGAUCGAGAAUCAUUACUGACGCAGCAUUUGACUACUGCAUCGAGGAACUACGGAGCAAGGCAAACUACUAUGUCAACUCUGGUCUAAUCCCAACCCUGGAUGGGCCCAGCAACACGAUAGUCAAGUCAGAUUCGUGUAUCAAAGAGGCCUUUCGUCAGGAUUUGAAGAAGACGUUUGAUGUCCUUCGACGAGAGCAACAAGAAAACGUUGAUUGGCAUCCGCGCAGUAAUGACAUGGUCCAAGAUUUAAUUCACCCUUCCAUGUACCAUUUUGUCUAUGAUCGUUCUCCCUUCUUCCAGGAGGAGAUGGUUGGUGUGGAAAAUGCACUCAGUCUUAUUGGCCAAGGCGAGCCUGUCAAAAGACACACCCCUCCUACUUUUCCUCCUCAUCGUGCUCAUUUGGGCUAUGGGAUUGGUUCAGGGAACGUUGACCCCGAGUACUGGUCCAACAAGUACCAGUGGCUUCCUUCCAACGUCGGGUUUCGCGAGGACGGAAGUGCCAAGCUCACUAGUUACGUGAACAAUCUGCACCCCACAAGAUUUCCUGAUAUCUAUAGGACUCUUGAGCAGGCCAUCGACAAGGCUAUCCCAGCUUGGGAUCAAUGUCUACGGGAGGUUGACAGCUGCAGGGACAAAAGCAUUGCAGGAAGGGAAAAGUCCCGAUUUGAAUGGAUACAUUAUGCAGAUGACGAAGACGACGAGCUUUGGAUGCCGGAAUUCAACAUUGAGGAGUUCAAGAACAAGGACAUACGCUCACACACGAGGAGUUGGAAGAACUUGAACGAACGAAGACGCGAAGCAGACCUCCCCCCUUUGACUCCCAACGUUGACGAUGAGACCAUGGCUAGGGCAAAGUGGAAGAAGUUCCGCGAGGCAAAGCUUCCUGAUCCGUUGCCGUACGUACCGGUUGACUAUGCACCAGAGCAGAGCUUACGGGAAAAGUUCAAAGAGAAGGGCUUGCAGGUUAUUGUCAAAAUGGCCAGUAUUGAGCUCACGCCCGAGAAACCCGAGUUCCCUGCCGGCAGUUGGCAUGGUUUUCAGCUUGAGGGCCAAAUGAACGAGAAGAUCGCGGCAACCGCCCUGUACUAUGUUGACAGCGAGAACAUAACGCCCAGUCGCCUAUCGUUUCGCGUGCAGACGAGUUAUUACCUGAAUGAUGAUAUCAGUACAGGUCAAGGCCAGUUUGUAUACGCCGAGAGUAUUUAUGGAACAUUACUCGAAGGCUAUUCAGGACUUGCAGGGUCAUUCAACCAAAGCUACGGGGAUGUUGAGACGAAGGAAGGACGUCUCUUGGCAUUUCCUAAUGUCUUCCAACACCGCGUGUCUUCUUUCCGGCUACAGGAUCCUACCAAGCCUGGACACCGACGCUUCAUCGCUCUGUGGUUGAUCGACCCUCAUCGGCGAAUCAUCUCGACCGCCAAUGUUCCUCCACAGCAGAAACAUUUGUGGAUUGGGGAUAACCCUGAGAGUGAGAUUCCGAAAGGUCUGAUGACCGAUGAAGAGGCACGGGAGCAUCGGCUUGAAUUGAUGGAUGAGAGAACUGCGGAUAGGGCGAGGAAUGAUUGGGAGUCUGUUCAGUAUAACUUUUGUGAGCACUAA